AUGAAUGUCACGAGCAAUGGAUAUUAUACACAACAAUACUUAAACGAGCAACAAAGAAAACAAGCAGUUCGUUCUCCUUACAACCAACAAAAUUUUUACCCAAACCAAUCUUAUUCUUAUUCUUAUUAUCAUCCUAGUUCAUAUUCCCAUUCAGGUUCGCCAAAAGAGUUCAUCGUUGAACUUGAUGAAAAAGAUCCAAUUCCUGACUCGUUACCAAUGGAGUUUACUCCCCUGCAAAAGGAUGUUUUCAUGAGUAAUGUUCGUCCAAGAAGUUAUAAAUCAAGAUCUGAAUCUACUAUUUAUCCCCCUUCAGGUUCUCAUAGAAGUACUGCUUCAUUACCAGCAGAACCUGUUGAAUAUGACGAUGUUGAAUCAAAAGAUCAACUAGAAGAAACUAUAACUCCUGCACAAUUGAACUAUAUCAAUAUUCCACAACAAUACACUCCCUAUGUUACAGCACCAAGAGGACCAUAUGUUCCACAAGCGUAUUAUCCCAGGAAAGAUCAAUCGUCUCCUGCUCGACAUGCAAAGAAUAAAAAUAAUGAUUAUUAUCUUCGUCAAAAGAAACGUUACGAUGAUGCAAAAGUCGUCAAACCUAAAAUGUAUUCUCACAAGACAAUUCAUGAUGUUUUUGAAGAUAAAAGUGAGAAAUUAGAUAGAUAUAAUCCAAUGGAUAUGGUAUUUGAAAGUGAAAAUGAUAAACCAAAACCAACAUUUAUUGAUAAAAUGCUGAAUAAAUUAAGUAAAGAAAAGUAUGAAGAUUAUAAUUAUUAUGAUCAUAGAAAGAAGAAAUCCCCACCAGUAAAAGAUGUAUUUGUUGGAAAUGAUAGUGAUGAUGAUUAUGAUAUAACAAAUGAUACGGAAAUGGUGGAAGUCGAUGAAGUUGUCACUGUUGGAGAAGGUAAAAACAAAGAAACCAAAAUAAUAAAGAAGAAAGUUCCUUUGAAGAAGAUAAUGAAACAGAAAUUGAAUUUGGCUAAAAAAGAAUUGGGUAGAGAUUUUGCUAUGUAUUCAAAAAACCAACGAGAGAUUAAUGAACAACUUAAAAGAUCUAAGGAGGAAUUGAAGAAGAAGAAAGAGGCAGAGAAAUUGGCUGAAAGAAUAGCUGAAAAGGAAAGAUUGAAAAAAGAAAAAUUGGAACAAAAAAGAAGAUUAAGAGAAAAAGAGAAACAGGCUGCAAAGAAGAAAGAAGAAGAAGAAAAAGAAGAACAGAAAAAUGAUAGUGAAUCAAUUGUGGAUGCUAAAUCUGAAAGUGACCUGAAAUCUGUCAAGAGUAAUAAAGAAGAAGAAGGGGAGGAAGACAAAGGAGAAGACAAUGCUGCAGAAGCUAAUGCCGGUUGGUGGCCAUAUUUAACUUCAUGGUUAGUUUAUCCAGAAGACGAAAAGAAAGACACUGAAAGUGAAGGUAGUAAAAAAAGCUUGGAGGAAGAAGCAGAGGAAGAACAGAAUGGUGAUGACAAAGAAUCGGUGAAAACCGGUAAGACUAGUUCAAAAUCUGAUAUUAGUGAUGUUUCUUCUGUUAAAACAGUUGUAUAUGCACCUACUCCGUUUGAAAAGAACUUUAAAAAAGUCAAGACAUUUUCGAAAAAUUCAAAGAAAUUUAUGAAACAUUGGGAUGAACCAGCUACAAAGAUGUUCCAUCGUGAAUUAUUAGUCACUCCUCCUUCACUGACAGGUAGUCCUCUGAUUGCUCCUACUGCAAAAACAAGGAAAACUAUUCUGAUUGCACCAUCUUCUAAGAAAGCGAUACUGAUUGCACCAUCUUCAAAGAGGGCCCCACUGAUUGCUGCAACAUCUACUAAAUCCUCAAGAAUGUCUCAGUUACUUUCAGGAUCGGAAAAUCAACCAAAGGAAGUAAUAAUUGAAUGUGAUCCUGAUGAAAUUGGAUCACGAAUCACAGAAGAAAUGUAUUAUAAUCCUGUGACAAAACAAUUAGAAUCAACACCACCUACAUCUACUUCGUCGAUGCUUCGUUCUCCGAAAUCUAUUAAAUCUGCUAGAACGUCUGAUUCAAGAUCAAUGGUUACUGUUGAAGAAGAAGUAGAGGAACUUGAAGAAGAAGAAGAAGAAAAAACAGGAAAACGUACACCAUUUCAAUUUCAAUUUGAUCCAAAUGCUCCUAUUGUUGUUGUAUCUACAUGGAUAAAUUUAAUUAAACGUAUUCAAAUUAUGAAAAUGUUAUUUGCUCCAAUAGACAUUAUUGGUGAAUUCAUUCCUGGAUUACAAGGAGUUGUUGUAUUUAUUGAAUUGGUUUUGUUUGUUUGGAUAUUAUAUGAAUUAAGUCGUUUGGUAGAUGCUCUUUGUAUGAUGAUUAAAGCAUUUUGUGCUCCUAUGAUUGCUGUUGGUCGAUUUAUGAAUAGAGUUGUUUAG